CUUUACACAUACGACUAAUGUGUGAUAUAAACAAAAAUAUUUUAAAGAAGAAUUAAUUAUCUCAAUCAAUUUGAAACGAGAAAAAUAUUCAUUGAAGUGUAGAAAAAUUCAAUUCACUUUUCCAUUCAUUCAAAAACUAUGCGUAUUUGUGUAAAUCCUGUAAUCAACGGCUUUGAUAACGUUUGUUCUGUUUGAAAUGCUGACUAUACUACUAUUGACCAUAUCGCGAUAUGUAUGAACACUAUUCACUGGAACACAUAUGAGCGCGCGUAUUAGAUAACGCUGGCUGAACAUGCGAUGACGAUCUUUGACGCAAGAUCACCAGAACAACUAAUAACAUCAACAUUCAUUUAUAUAAAGUGUUAAAUCCGUGCUUUGCCAAUUCCGUCGGUCUGUCAUUGGUUCUCAAUCAAUCGAGUGUAUGUAAUAUAGCACGCGGACUGUAGUAGUCAAAAUAAACCAUUAGAACAGCGUGUAAACGAAAGCCGACAAGUGGUUCUUCGUUCAGAGGUUUGGAUUAAGGCAUUUUAUUGAUUUAAUAUGGAAUUUUAUUGUGAUAUUUAGUGGUCAUUUCAACAAUAAUUGUGUGGUCAAAGACGAAUUGAUUUGUGCAAGGAAAGACAAAGUGUGCAUGGGAACGGGCAGUCGUAGUGUGUGAAAAUUUUUGAAUGAUUUUUUAGUCGCAAAUUUUUGCGAGCAACACUGAACAUUGUAUUGAAUGUUGUAAAGGGAAGGCAGCACGUGCUUCAAUGUAGCUUUUCCACAGUGCACAUGGCACAUGUAGCAUUUUUCAUUGAUAGCACCUUAAUUUCAAUCACAAGUGUGAUUGCAGUGCCAUUUUAUUUGCUUCGAUUGCAACAAAUUCACAAUUUAAUUCAGUUAUGAUUAUAUUGAGCAUGUGUUUGGACACAGUCUAAUCGCAGUUACGUAUUAAAAUUAAUGUAUAUACAAAACCAUAUUUAGCAAGUGCGUCGUCAUCCCCAAUCGCAUCACAAUAAUAUUUAUCAAUAAAAACAACCGACGCAAUGUUAUUCACAUGUUGAAGGCACGGAAUCUUAUCAAUUUAUUGGCAUGGAUUCUUUUUCGACCUCUUGGUGAUUCCGACGUAAUUGGCCAUCGCUCAAAAUUCAUAACAACAAUAUUUUUUCAAAAUAUUUCGAUUUGUUUUUCUCUCUCGCCAACCGGCGAUAACAUUUUUGACCUGCUUAAUCGCACUCGUGCACUAUUUGCUGCUAUCGCUUUACUAGGACCUCAUACUGUUCAUUGUAUUUCAGUAAGAAUUUCUCUUCUUCAUUGACAAAACGUGAAUUUGUGACAAAGAAAAUAGAAAUAAAUUGUGUUCUUUGAAUUUAAAUAGAUGAAGUUUCUUUUUUAAAAUUAUUUAAGAGUAAAGUUAAGAUUAUUUAUAGAAGUUUAUGUAAAAUAUCAACUUUUAAUCCCUUAUUUGGAGUUCAUCAGUUGACACGAAAGGAGUACGCAAUUCAAAGGGAACUUCACUGAAACAAAGUACUAAAUGGCUAUUCUAAGAUUCUAUUCUACGGAUGCAUUCCAUUCAUCCAAAUUGACUCAGAUUUUGAGCGAAUUGCAAAAGGUCAACGCAACGAUAAGCUCAUUGAAAACGGAACUAUGUUAUCACGUUGAAGUGGAUGUAUCAAAGGGUGCUUUUGGUGAAGAUAAAAUUGCCAUUUUGCAAUGGAUCCUGAAGGAGCCGCAGCAGGUGAAUGUCUUAUCACGGACAUCAGUAUGGGAUUCAGCUCUUACCAAUGGCAAUGAAUUCAUUAUUGAAAUCGGUCCAAGAUUCAACUUUUCAACGGCUGAUUCGACAAACAGUGUUAGUAUCUGUCAAAAUGCUGGAUUGCAUGAAGUAAAACGCUUAGAAAAGUCGGUUCGAUACUACGUCUCAGCGCAAAAUGCGGCAACCAAAGUAGAAAUUAAUCAAAUCGUGGAUAUUUUGGGAGAUCGUAUGACUCAAUGCCGGUACACCGACGAAAACUUGCCAAUCAAAAGUUUCGACGAGCAAUUGCCGAAGAAAACCAAGGCUGAUAACUGGUACUUGGUACCGGUCUUGUGUGAAGGACGCACCGCAUUGGAGAAGGUCAACGACGAAUUAGGUUUGGCUUUCGACAAAUGGGAUAUGGAGUAUUAUUUACACUUGUUCAAAAAUGUGUUGGGUCGUGAUCCAACCAGUGUGGAAUUAUUUGAUUUGGCACAGAGUAACAGCGAACAUUCACGCCAUUGGUUCUUCAAAGGAAAGAUGAUUAUCGAUGGGGUGACACAUGAAAAAUCUCUGAUUCAUCUAAUCAUCGAAACGCAGAAGAAUACCAACCAAAAUAAUACCAUUAAAUUCAGCGAUAACAGCAGUGCAAUCAUUGGAUUCAAACACAAGGCCGUGCGACCGGUGAUUAAAACCACGAACAAUUCGUACGAUGCCAAUGAAAUCAGUAUUGUGGACGUCGAAUCAGAUUUGAUUUUCACAGCUGAGACACACAACAUGCCAACGGCUGUUGCUCCAUUUUCAGGAGCCACAACGGGAACAGGCGGUCGUCUGCGUGAUGUUCAAGGCGUCGGCAGAGGCGGUUUAACCAUUGCUGGCACAGCUGGAUACUGCGUUGGCAACUUGAACAUUCCAAAUUAUGAUUUGCCAUAUGAAUCGAAAACCGAUGAGUACCCACCAUCAUUUGCAUCGCCGUUGAAGAUCCUUAUCGAAGCAUCAAAUGGCGCCUCUGACUACGGUAACAAAUUCGGUGAACCACUUAUCUCUGGUUUUGCCAUGACCUACGGUGUAACAAGCAAAGCAACGAAUCAACGUGAAGAAUACGUCAAACCGAUCAUGUUCAGCGGUGGUCUCGGCACAAUGGAUGCAUGUCAUCGCAAGAAAAUCGAUCCAUCCCGUGGAAACUUAUUGGCGAAAAUCGGUGGCCCUGUUUAUCGCAUCGGUGUUGGUGGUGGAGCUGCUAGUUCUGUCGAAGUACAGGGUGACAACAAUGCCGAAUUGGACUUCAACGCCGUUCAGCGUGGUGAUGCUGAAAUGGAGAACAAAUUGAACCGCGUUGUUCGUGCUUGUAUCGAAUUGGGUGAUCGCAAUCCAAUUUUGGCUAUUCACGAUCAAGGUGCUGGCGGCAACGGCAAUGUUUUAAAAGAAUUGGUUGAGCCUGGCUACGCCGGAGCUGUAAUUUUCACCAAAGAAUUCCAAUUGGGUGAUCCAACCAUAAAUGUGCUCGAGUUGUGGGGCGCUGAAUACCAAGAAAACGAUGCAAUUUUGUGCAAACCAGAGGACAGACCAUUGCUUGAAGCAAUUUGCGCACGUGAACGAUGUCCAAUUUCAUUUGCCGGUGUUGUCACUGGCGAUGGCUAUGUAACACUGAUCGAAUCAGAGGCUAAUUUCGAAAAAUACUUGAAUGAAACGGCUCAAAAGCGUCAACGCACCGCCAAAACUACGGUUCCAUUCGAUAUGCACCUCAAGGAUAUUCUGGGUGAAAUGCCACGCAAGGAAUAUCACUUCAAAACUGAUAAAAAGAAUUUGCUACCACUUGAGCUGGACUUCUUGGGCAAAUCCGAUUUGAGCGAACCGUUGAAACGCGUUUUGAGCUUGGUUGGCGUUGGUAGCAAACGAUUUUUAACCAACAAAGUCGAUCGAUGUGUUACUGGUUUAAUUGCUCAACAACAAUGUGUCGGACCAUUGCAUACACCACUCGCCGAUUUUGCAUGCACAACCGUUUCACACGUUACACACCAGGGAAUUGCCACUUCGAUCGGUAUGCAACCAACAAAAGGAGUCAUUUCAGCUGCAGCCAAUGCUCGUAUGUCAGUUGCAGAGGCUAUUUCGAAUUUGGCCUUCGUUAAAGUCAGCGAAUUGGCCGAUGUUAAAUGCUCGGGUAAUUGGAUGUGGGCAGCUAAACUGCCUGGAGAAGGAGCUAAAAUGUACGAAGCUUGUCAAGCCAUGUGCAGCAUUAUGUCGGAUUUGAAUAUUGCCGUUGACGGUGGCAAAGAUUCACUUUCGAUGGCCGCUAGAGUUAAAGGCGACACCAUCAAAUCACCGGGAACAUUGGUCAUUUCAACAUAUGCUCCGUGCCCUGAUGUACGUGUUAAAGUGACACCGGACUUCAAAUCUCCAGCUUUGCUCAAGAACGGUGAAAUCGUUUGGGUGAACAUUGAAAAUCGUUUCCGUUUGGGUGGUUCAGCACUGGGUCAAGCAUAUGGUCAAGAAGGUAACGACACACCAGACAUCUCGAAGCCCGAAAUACUCAAAAAGGCUUUUAAUGUUACUCAAUCACUGUUGGCCGAAAAGAAACUGCUUGCCGGUCAUGACAUCAGUGAUGGUGGUUUGGUUGUUUCAUUGCUCGAAAUGGCAUUCGGUGGAUUGUGUGGUUUCAAUGUUAAUUUAACGGAAGCCAUUCGUAAAAUUGGCCUCAAAAACUUUGUCACAAACAAUGUAACUGAGGCAAAUGCAGCAGUAGUCGCUUUGUUUGCCGAAGAAACCGGUUGGUUGCUUGAAGUUGCAUCGGAAAAUCUCAGCGCUGUGUUGCAAUCAUUCCAAAAGGCGGGAGUUCCAGUCUAUCACAUCGGUCAAUCGACUGGAAAUGGCAUUCAUUCCGAAGUACACAUCACAUACGAAAAGAGUUUAUUGCUCGAAGGACAAGCUCUCACCUACUUCAAGCAAUGGGAACGAACAAGUUUCGAAUUGGAGAAAUUGCAAACAAAUGCUGACUGUGCCAUCGAAGAAUACGGCACAUACGAUUUCCGCACUGGACCCCAAUAUAAAUGCAUCGUCGAUCCAGACGAAUAUGCCAAGCUGUUGAAGAGUCCAACCAAUAAGAAUAUUGUUGUGGCUGUCAUUCGUGAAGAAGGUACAAAUGGAGAUCGUGAAAUGAUUGCCUCAUUAUUGGACUCAAACUUCACCGUUCACGAUGUCGUAAUGAAUGAUUUGUUGCAGGGAAAAGUGACAUUGGAUCGUUACCGUGGCGUUGUGUUCCCAGGUGGUUUCAGCUACGCCGACACAUUGGGUUCGGCUAAAGGAUGGUCUGCAAGCAUAAUUUACAACGAAUCACUUCGUCGUCAAUUCUUGCAUUUCAAGAACCGUAAAGACACAUUCUCAUUAGGUGUGUGCAACGGUUGUCAAUUGAUGAGCCUGUUGGGAUGGGUUGGAGUUGCACAACCGAAAAUCGAUGAUGCCAACAAAGGUGUUAUUGCCGUACCAGACGUUGCAUUGCUCGAAAAUAAGUCGGAGCGCUUUGAAUGCCGUUGGUCUACACUGAAAAUUGAAUCAAGCCACGCAAUCAUGUUGAACAACAUGCAGGGAGCCGUGCUUGGUUGCUGGAUUGCCCAUCACGAGGGACGAUUUGCAUUCAAAUCAAAUGAAAUUCUCAACGAAUUGCUUAACAAGAACUGUGCACCGAUUCGUUAUGUUGACGAUAAGGGACAAGCAACCGAAACAUAUCCGAUGAAUCCAAACGGUAGUGCACAGGGUAUUGCUGCACUCUGUUCAUUAGAUGGAAGACAUUUGGCGAUGAUGCCGCAUCCAGAGCGUUGUACACAAAUGUGGCAAUGGCCAUAUGUUUCGCCAACAUUUGAAUGCAACGAAGCAAAACGAUCGCCAUGGCAAAUUAUGUUUGACAACGCUUUUAACUGGUGCUACGAAAACUAAUAAACUACACACAAAAACACACAUUUUCUACAAAAAUUCAUAUGUUACUUUUAGUAUGCCAUUAAAUAUUUUGGUUAUAAAAAUCUCUUUUUUCCACUGAAAUAAAAUACUAAUAAAAUUACUGAA